AUGGUUGACAGUGAUUCACAAGCCUAUCCAUUUUUGAGGCCAGUAGCUUCAUCUGCUUUCACCGGAGGAUGCUUAAUAACAUUAACCCUAACCCCAUUUGAUGUAAUCAAGAAUUACUGGUACUAUAACAACGCGUUGGCCUCUAAUCGCACUAAAAUAGGCUCGAUUUAUGUUGUUAAACAUCUUUACAAUAAGAAAGGGAUGAGAGCGUUUUGGAAUGGGUCAUCAUGGGCCACAGUCAACACUAUUUCGGGUCAAAUAAUAUUUCUUUGGCUAUUUGAAUCCUUAAAGGAAUCGCAUAGUAUCUUGUUUUCCAGUAUUUGUUCAAGAAUUGCUGCAUUAAUAGUGUCUACACCAUUUGACUGCAUUAAGACUUGGAAUCAGGCUAACAUGUUUGACAGAAAAACAAUCAGCUCAAUUGAACUUUUCAAAUUUGCGAAUUUGAGCAGAUUGUAUUCGGGAUUUAUUCCUACCAUAGUCCGCGACAUACCUUAUUCCGCUAUUCACUGGCCUUGUUAUGAUUACCUGAUCAAAAAAUCGCACAAAAUCUUACGUCUUGACGACAAUCUGCACGUUGCAAAAUAUGUUAUAUUACCUAUGUUUUGUGGCGCUAUUAGUUCGGCAUUGGCCGUGAUAGCCUCUCAGCCAUUCGACAUAAUGAAGACCAAUAUACAAGCCAGGAUUGUAGAUCCAAACACAGGCGUUAAGGGAUAUAAGUUAUCAUAUUUCUAUAGAGAAUUAGUUAAAAUUUAUUCCAAUGGCGGAAUCAGGGGGUUUGGAAUUGGAAUAAUUCCCAGAAUAGCAAGGGUUGUGCCCUCAUCAGCUAUAAUGGUGGCGGCGUACGAAUACUUCAAAAACUCCAACAAUCAUGGCACCAAUUAG